UUUUCAUGUCUCGGUUAUUUCGCGCCUUCCAAAUAAGUAAAAUAUCGAUCGAUCGAUUUCGCUUCGCAGAUAUUUUCCAUGAAACGAACAGAAUACACUUGAUACUUUAUAGAGGAAAGAAGUAUUCGUUAAAAAUGCCAUAAACCUACAGAGAUAUUUCAUUUGGGUGAUCAAGCUGGUGCAUAUAAAUACUGAGAAGUAUGUCGGCAUGUUGUCAUAAUUUUAGGAAUCUGUUAUUGCAGAUGGGAAGCGACGGAGAUGAUUUGUGUAGUCAAUUUAGUCGAUAUAUAUCACCAGCGUAUCACCACGAUAAAUGCGAAAGGUGCGUACAAAUGAGACUGUAUUCUAUGAAUAAGGGCGAGAUUACAUUUGUAUAUUUUAUAUUCAUUAUACUGUGGUUACUUGCCUUAAUAAUCGGAUUAUCGGGUCCUCCAAUCGAAUACACUAGUUAUAGAAAUAUCUCAGAAUCAACCACUUCGGCUAUAUUUGGUCAAAAUGGGCUUGAACAUGGAGGGCCAUUCAACUUGACUACACCACCUUUGACGAGAUAUAACAAACAAUUAUGGUUAUUCGCUAUUUUACAUACAGAAAAUGUAGAUGAUGAAGUAUAUGCUGAGAAUAUGUUAUUGAGUGUUUCCGCGAUUGGAUUACGUUCGUCGCAAGACGAUCAAAGUAUUCAUGGUGAAAAUCAAAAUGAUACUUCAGCUAUAUUCCAAAAAUAUACUUUCAAGAAUAGAACGAGGCACGUGCAAUGCAAUAAACGUAUCUGCGAUCCUAUCAUGGUAGCUCAUUUGGGUUUUAUUAAAUUCGUCCGGUAUAGAUUCUAUGUCAAGUUUCAUCAUUUGGAAAGUUUUCAUAGAAAGUAUACAAUUAAACAAGUCACAUUCGUGUUUAGAAGUUACACUCCUGAAUAUACCCAGAUUGAGAUGUCAUUUCGAAUUAUUUAUGUGAUUAUGACGUUCUUUGCUACAUUAUGGUUCGGAAAUUCUUUGCGAAAAUAUGCAAUUAGCGAUUGGGCCUACGAGCAAAAAUGGCUGAUGAUAUUAUUACCUUUAUUAUUAUUUUACGAUGGUCCCACAUACUCCAUGACUACGCUUUGUGAUCACUGGCUGAUCGGUUUAAUUGAAAGUGUUUCUCAAAUAACAUUUUUAGCUGGAACAACUCUAUUUAAUUUAUGUAUCUAUCACGCUUUUAGACAGAAUGAAAGACGUUUUAUACCAUUUUACUUGGAAAAAGUUGUGAUUGUUUUCGUAUUAUGGGCGCUCUCCGUGACGAUUGCUUACUAUCAAAAAGUUUACGAAUAUUUGGAUUACAGCUUUAGUUUCAAGUUGGAUUCAGUUGUUUAUCAGACGAUUACGAAAUGGUGGGUUUUGUUCGUGGUAUUCUACAUGAUUUAUCUUCUCCUAUCUAUGCUGAAAGCCUACACCGAUCUCCGAACUAUGCCAUUUUUCGAUAAACGUCUCAGAUUCGCAACCACGAACGUAGCAGUUUUAGGAACGAUUUGGUAUGGUACUUGGAGCCUAGAUUACGGAAUUACUGGUAUCCUCGAAGAUCGAUAUACAGCCGAUAUAAAAGACAAACAAUCACAUUCUACAUCUGUGACAUUCAUGGCAUUAUACGCUUCGCUCAAUUUUUACGUUUAUCUAAUGGUGUACGUUUACUCUCCCGCACAAAAAUCAAUAUUUGAAAACGUCGUAAUGAAAGACAAUCCGACGUUUUCGAUGAUUAACGAUUCUGACGAAGAUGAUAUUACAACGACGAUUCUACCUUCUGAAGCGAGAACAGUUACCGACAAACUAUCUUUAUACGCGUCCGAAGAUGACGAAGAAGGGGAUAGUCUUUGUCCGCUGAACAGAGCCAAUGCACAGAAUCGAACCGAUGAAAGUGAUUGAAUUGUUUUUUUACAUUGAUGACGUUUUUGAAGGUUGUGUCGGGGAAUAUCGCGUGACGCGUUUUUCAUUUUCCUAAAUUUAUCUCAAUUCUGUUUAUACGAAACGAUUUUAUAAUUUUGAUCAUUCCUACGAGUAAUAAUAAAUAUUGAAGCUUAAAAA